AUGAGAACGGGACAAAGUGUUGAGAAAAACCAUAAAAUGGUCUCCAACUUGAGGCCAUUUUAUGUUCUAGUGUUAAUUUUUAUGCUGGUAGCGAUCGGUUUAAUACAACAGAGUGAUGCUGCCUUCGUGGAGUUGGAUGAAUAUUAUCGCAUGCCAAAGAUUUACGACUACGAUGACUACGAUCGGUGUGUAGCGCAAGCGCCCCAAGUUCCAGCAGAGGACGCCGUUUACUGUGUCGCGCGUACGAUCAUCAAACCGGAUCAAGAGUCGAGCCUUUGGCGACUCAUCGAGAACUUCACGAACGACACUAAGCGGCACUUUCGUCACGAUCAUCUGGAUCGUGGCUUAUGCAUUGAGCGUUGCCGUCAGCUCGUACAGUCGCUCGAUGCACACGAUGAACUGUAUGUGGAAAAGUUUGAAAUUUCCUUUCCGUACAUCCUGCGUUCGGAUGCCUUCAACAACGUAAGCGAGGAUCGUGCACGAUACGGACGGCUGAUUAAUAUCUGCCAGAAUCACGCCCUCCGCCAGCAGUACAAUCUGUCGGGUUACACCGAAAUUGAGUACUGUACUGGGCCCAAACGAAGCCCUCCGAUUGAUGGACUAGACAUCAGCUUUCUAGUCAUUACGGGUUUGAUCUUGCUGCUGGUAAUCAGCUCCACUUGGUACGAUCGCUACACCAGGAAACAGCUGGAUAACGAGCAUUAUAAAAAGGAUGUACCAUGCCGAAAAACGAUGGUACUGACGUCGUUCUCGCUCGUUCGCAACUGGUACCGAUUGGUGUCCCGGUCCAAGGAUCAGCUGAAUGAAGAUCUUAAGUUUUUCCAAGCAAUUCGAUUCUUCACCUUCUGCCUGGUAGUUGUCGGACACUGUGGUGAUCUGUUUACGGCGACAUCGUUUGCAAAUACGCAGGACCGUGAAGCUGAGUACUAUAACCCGCUCGGCCACAUUCUGAUAAAUGGUUCCAUAAUCGUGCAGUCGUUUUUCGAGAUGAGUGGAUUCCUGCUCAGCAUUCACUUCUGUACCACGCAGGCCAAGUUGAAGCGCAUUAGCUGGGCGGCUAUACUAGUAACGGUUGGCUACAGAUACAUCCGGCUUACGCCAGCAUACGCGUUCAUUCUACUGCUACAUGCGACCUGGUUGCCCAAGCUACAGGACGGUCCGCUGUGGCCUCGUGGCGCAGAAGUCGAGCGUAACCUGUGUCGACGGAACUGGUGGACGAAUCUGUUGUACGUGAACAACUACGUUAAUGCGGACGAACCGUGUCUUCAACAAGCGUGGUAUCUGGCCUGUGACUAUCAACUGUUUACUGUGGGACUUAUUAUUCUAGUGGCAGUAACAAAAUAUAAAAAGUACGUUGUGCACAUCUUUAGUGCUUCCGGUGUACUAGCCAUCCUGAUACCGGCACUUGUCGUUUACUUUAACCACUUUGAUGGAGUAUUUCUCGUAACUUUACAGGCAGAACGGUUCAUUUAUUGGUUCGACGAGAUGUAUCACAAGAUCUACAUUCCAUUCCAUACGAACAUUGGCUGCUAUAUUGGUGGUGUAGUUUAUGGUUAUUUGUACUACCGUGUGCGUACAUCCGACAACAAGGGCAACAGAUCGGGCUUCCUUAAGUUCCUCUGGUACAUGACAGUGCCGUGCGGAGCGUUGACGCUUAUGAUGAGCAUGAUCUUCUAUUCGAACAAUUUCGAAAAACCUUCGCUAUGGAUAUCGCUGUUCUUCCCGCUUCACAAAAAUGCCUGGGCACUGUUCGGUGCCAUAGUCCUAUACGGCAUCAUUUACAACUACAAUCGCUUCAUAAAGAGUGUCGUCAAUUUCCCGCUUUUUGUACCUUUGGGACGACUUACCUACUGUGCGUACAUCAGUCACGUGUUCUUCCUGAAGAACUUCUUCUACGGAACCCGUGACAUUCCUUACUUCAGUAACGUAUCGAUGUAUACAAAAGUUAUUUCGGUGAUAGUGGCAUCGUACAUCUUGGGUGCCAUAGUUGCUCUCACACUGGAGUUUCCUAUUUCCGCACUGCAGAAGCAUUUGCUUUCAAAGCAGCUAGAGAAAAUAUCGAAACCUGAACCACCGAGAGAGAACAACAAUGAACUUAGCCCACCGUCUGCUUAACGGAACCAAAUAUCAUUAACAAAACUAGACCUAAUUGAUUCUCAAAUACUGAUUUUAU